UACAACAAGGUAAGCCGGUAACAGGUCUGAUCGUUUCCUUGUGUACAUGCAGACGUGCAUUUGCUGAGAACGUGCCGACAUGUCUCAAAGUAAACCUGAGGAGAGGCUAACUUUGGAGUUGAGCUGUCCCAUCUGCUUGCAGCUGUACCGUGACCCCGUGGCCCUUCCUUGCGGACACAAUUACUGCCUGGGUUGCAUACAAAACGCAGUCGACGCAGGGGAUCCUAAGCACCCAAUGUGUUGUCCGGAAUGCAGAGAGGAGUACAGCAGCCCAAAGACGCUGGCAAGAAAUUUCAAACUCAGUGGCAUCGUGGACGGAUACCUGGCGGCCAUGUCUGGCGGCAGACUGAGAGCAGAUCCUUCGAUACCGUGUGACCAUUGUUUGGAUGAUCCCGUGGCUGCGGUGAAGUUCUGCACAUGUUGCGAGAUGUCACUGUGCUCUGGCCACCUCGAGUGCCACAAGGAUCACAUGUUAGUGGAGGUGUCUGCGGAGCAGGGCGGGAAGAGAUGUCCGGUGCAUAGGAAGACCACAGAAUACCUGUGCAUGAAAAAGCGACUGUUCCUCUGCUCAGACUGUUUGAUGGAGGGGACCCACCAGAACCAUGACGUGCAGACGUUUGAGGUCGCUAAGGAGGAGAUGAAGAGUGUCCUGGUGGGGAUGAGGAAGACUGUGUCUGACAAGCUUCAGAUGACCGAAGCUUUGCUCAGAAACGCCAUUGAAAGAGAAGGAUUGGACAAGGUAGAAGACAAACUGGUGGGCAAGGCAAACAUUCUUCUGGAAAACAUGAGUACACUUAUAAGUGCAUACAAGAGUCGUAUGAGAACUUUGAUGGAAGAUGAGCUUCAUUUGCGCGACAAAAGCUGGCAGGCCAAUCUGAGCGAUUUGGAGGGUUGUCAACAGCUGCUGAGGGAAGCCCACCAGAGCACCCAAGAGGUUCUCUCAGAGUCCUCUGAAUUCGUCUUCAUCCAGCACUUCCUCAACAUCGAGGCGAGGGUGCGCCAGGCUGCCAACAUCACCAUCCCUGGCCUACCUGCUCAAGAGCGGUUCAAUGGCAAACACCUGCGCACCACCCUGCGAACGGACAACUUCCGAGCAGAGAUGAACCUCCUGCUGGACUGUCUCCAUGCCAUGAUGAACCCUCUAGACCUGACCUUCAACCCCGCCACAGCCCACCCUGGCCUUCUGCUGUCCACUGAUCUCAAAACAGUGAAGCAAUGUGGCGGAGGGAAGAGCGGCAGUGCUGGAGAUCACAGCGAGCGCUUCACCACGGCCGCUCAGGUCAUGUGUUCCCAGGGUUUCUCCACUGGAGUCCACAUGUGGACGGUGGAGAUAGGUCCUGGUUGCAUGUGGUCCGUGGGACUGUGCUACAAGAGCAUCUUGCGUAAAGGUGACCACAGCAAGCUGGGCCAUAACAGCAGUUCCUGGAGGCUGCAAUGGAAGAGCAAGAAGCUGACGGCAUGCUACGAUUCGGUUAACGUACCCUUAGGUGAUGGGUUGAUCGUGCCCCCGAAGAAGGUGGAAGUGACCCUGGAUUACGAAGGAGGAACUGUUGCGUUCCACAGCACAGGUCACGGAGGACGAAAGCAGCAUCUGCAUACGUUCAGUGCGCUGUUCAAAGAUGUUGUGUAUCCUGCGUUUGGUAUCCACUCUACUUCAGAGGAAUCUUGGAUAACUCUUUCAAGUGCAGCUUAACUGACACAUACACACACACACACAGGUUUUCAUUUUUCACUUUCUGUUAGAUGUUGCCUAAUUUUCAUUGUUUUGUUUGGCUUUUUAUGAAACAAAUAUGGCAAAACAUUUCAAUGCUCAAACAUUUGAAAAGGAACGGUUUGUGAAACAGUACAUUCUACGGUUGCAGGUGUUCCGGUGCUACGGUAUCAUUGCAAUGCUAAAGCUUCAAAAUACCCGCAAUGCCACUCUAUUUAUAGACGGUAGUACCGUAAGUAAUGUUGCACAUUAAUGUUCAUUUGAACAUUUUGAACGACUCAGACGAGAUAAUUAUUAAUUGAGUCAUUCAUCAAGACACUUGCUUCGUUCUUAAAUAAAUCAGUCGUUUGGACGAAUUAGUUGGUUAACUGAUUCAGUAAAAAAUUGGCGUCACCUACGGGCCGUUUUAGUUUCACAUUUAAAGCCUAACAAUUCCCUUUAUAAACAUUGCUGUAUAAGUUAAAUUUGUCACACAUUUGAAUUAGUUCCCACGUGGAAAAUGUUCUAGUGUACUUUAGUAUUUACUACAGAAAACUUUUCUUAAAAACAUUCUUAGACACUUGUGUUUUUUUAGUCUUACCAUAGUGAAA